UGGUAUUCUAUAUAUAAUCCUCCUUCCAUCACCUUUUGUUGUCAUUGGCUUAAGUUCUUCUACUUGCAACCUUUCUUGUAAACUUUUUUGAUUUUGAGAGCAGAGAAAAGUUAUAGACAUGGCUAUAGGAAUGGUACUGGCUGCUUCUUUCUUGGUUAUGCUUCUGGCUUCUCCCACUGUAUUUGCAACUGAUUUUACUGUUGGUGAUACCGGUGGAUGGAAAUUAGGGACUGAUUACAGCACCUGGCCCUCUGGGAAAACUUUCAAAGUUGGUGAUAAUUUGGUGUUCAAUUAUGACUCCACCCAUGGAGUGGAUAUAGUUAAUUCUAAUGACUACACAGCAUGCAGUUCAAGCAAUGCCAUAAAAAGCUAUCAAGGUGGAAGCACCAAAAUUGCUUUGACUACUCCAGGAAACAUGUACUUCUUAUGUCCCACGCCAGGUCAUUGUGCUGGAGGCAUGAAGUUGUCAAUUAAGGUAGUUGCUGCUAGUGGCACCUCACCAACCUCUCCAAGUGGCACCCCACCAACAUCACCAAGUGGCACCCCACCUACCACCCCAUCAAAUCCUUCACCUUCAUCUGGGUCAGGCACCCCUGCAACCAAUACUACAGCACCAUCACCUAGUGGAGCAGUCACUGUUUCCAGUGGCAUCAGCUAUUUGAUGGGAUCUUUCUUUGUAUCAGCAAUCAUUUUUGGUUUCAUGGGCUAGGGAAGGGGCAGUGCUAUAGAACCUUAAUUAUUAUGUUUUUGGUUUGUUGAAUUUGUGCGAAUUUCAUUUAAUAUGAGAUGUAUAUCUGAUCUUGAUAUGUAUCACCUUUUAAUAAUUUUUCUCUACUUCUUCUUUUGAUACUUGCAAUAU